GCGUCACGUGUUACUCAUCGAUGUGAGUCCUUCUGUUUGAGUACCUUUUUUUUCAACAUAAAUUGAAUCGAACGCACCCGUCGAUUCAAAGUAACAUUUAUUAAUGUUUUAAUUCACAUUUGCAUUUGACAAGAAAACAUCCUCGACGUCGGGGCUCGACGCCUUUGGCCUGGUUUGCGGCCUUCAAUUGCUUCUGUCUGGAUGCUUUCAUCAAACAUGGCGGCAAAUCAAGCGACGAAUCCUUCUCAGUUGCUCCCGUUGGAGCUUGUGGACAAGUGCAUCGGUUCUCGCAUCCACAUUGUCAUGAAGACGGACAAAGAAAUUGUCGGCACUUUGCUGGGCUUUGAUGACUUUGUCAACAUGGUCCUCGAGGAUGUGACUGAAUUUGAACUAACACCAGAGGGCCGCAGGAUCACCAAACUGGACCAGAUCUUGCUCAAUGGCAACAACAUCACCAUGCUCAUCCCAGGCGGAGAAGGCCCGGAAGUUUAAGACCGGCAUCUGUUGGAGCAGUUUUGUUUUAUUUUUGAUUUUUUUGUUGUUCCUUCUUGUUCUUCAGGGUAGAAGGGCACUUUUUGUAAAAAAGCUUCUUGGUUUGACAAUAAAAAGUGCAAGAUGAAGUGUGCACACACACACACAUAAAA